AAUCCGCCCUCGCAGCCCGAGCACACCGGGGCCCGGGCGCACCCCAGCCAAAGAAACCGAGAGGCACCGCUCUGGGCUGCUUCCAGCAGGAGAUGGGGGGGUGUUGUGUUGCGCUAUACCGGAGAAAGGUGCAGCUGCUCUCGCCAGUGGUCUGGAUCAUUCCUUCUUGACAACACCAGAAGAUGCAGAAGGAGCAUGUUAUACAUCGCUGAUUUCCAACAUCUGUUACUCACCUCAAGAGGAGUCUACAUAUUUCACUGGGAUUCUUCAGAAGGACAAUGGUCACAUCACUACUUCUGAGAGCCCUGAGGAGUUGGGGACCCCUGGACCGUCCUUACCAGAGGCGCCUGGCAUGGAGUCUCGUGGCUUAUUUAGUUCUGAUUCUGGAAUAGAGAUGACUCCUGCAGAGUCCACUGACGUGAACAUGAUCCUAGCAGACCCUCUGGGCCAGAUGAAGGCAGAAGCCUGCAAGUACAUUGACAUCACCAGGCCAGAGGAGGUGAAAUGUCAAGGGCAACGUCUCCCUGACUUGGAGGAUAAAGACUUGGACUUUAAAAGCAAGGACACUGAAAUCUCAAUAAAACCGGGAGGCGUCCGUGAACCUGACACACCAGCUCCUGUGGAGGGGAAAGUCAUCAAGGACCACUUGUUUGAAGAAUCCACCUUUGCUCCUCACACAGAUGACUUCUCUGAGGAGCAGCAUACUCCCCUGGUGACAGCCCCCAUCAGAAUCACGCUGACUGAGACUGAGCCUGCUGUCACGACUUACAUCCAAGACAAGACCCCAGAGAAGCAGGACGUCUGUCUGAAGCCAAGUCCUGACAUGGUCCCCACUGUCACUGUCUCAGAGCCUGAAGAUGAUAGUCCAGAAUCUGUCACUCCUCCUUCUUCUAGUACAGAACCAUCUGCUGCCGAGUCGCAGGGGAAGGGUGGCAUCUCCGAGGACGAGCUCAUCACGGCCAUCAAGGAAGCCAAGGGCUUGUCCUACGAGACGGCGGAGGGCCCGCGGCCUGGGGGCCCGGCGGCCAGCGGACCGGAGUGGAGGCAGUGA